AUGGAGAACGACAAGGGAGAGAUCGUCGAUCUCUACGUGCCCCGCAAGUGCAGCGCCACCAACCGCAUCAUCAAGGCCAACGACCACGCCUCCGUGCAGAUCUCCAUCGCCAAGGUUGACGAGAACGGCCGCUACACCGGCGAGAACCAGACCUACGCCCUGUGCGGUUUCAUCCGUGCCCGCGGUGAGAGCGAUGACUCCCUGAACCGUCUCACCCAGCGUGACGGCUACAUCAAGAACGUCUGGACCGCCAGCCGUCAGCGCUAA